ACACUCUUAUUCACCAAACAAGAGAUGACUGCUAAUUCUAGGCUUAUGUGAAUAUGCGUGAUAAGGAUUAUCAUAAUUGAUUGUCCGACAGGAAUAUUCAAGUUUUAUUUUCUGUUACUCGCUUAAAAUCAAUAGCGUUAUCAACAUCGAAAGUUUGCGUAAAGUGCAAUAAUACAAGUUCUUACACAUUUUAACAGUGUCACUUGGCCAUACUUCAGUUAUGGACGUUAAAGAAGCGGUUGUUGGAGGACAGAAAGAUUACUAUCCGCGCAAAAACAUCAAUAAAAGAAAAGCCAUAGUUCAAAAAGAAAAUGGUAUAUUCUACGAACAUUUAAGGAAUGACAUGAAAACGACCCAUGGAGAGUCGUUUCCCCCUAGAGAAAAUUCCGUUGCGCGAACUUUGCCGUUCAUUCCAGUUAAUAAGCGAGAAACUCUAGCUGCUCUGGAGAAUAAAACUGUGACUAGAUCAGAUUAUGUUAACUUUGGUAAUCAAGCGCGCUCUAAGCCUAUACUACCUAAAUCGAAUUCCGUAGUAAGUAAGGAGCCAAUGCAAAGUACAACAUCAUAUCAAGAAUCCCAUACACCGAAGCCAGUUAGUCCUAUGACGAAACCAGAAUGGGCACAAAAAAAACCCUAUGAAGCUCCAGUCAACAAAUUACCCGACGUAACGACAUACAAGGAAACUUUUGUUAAAAUGCAAACACCUCGUCCAGAUCCCAAAAAACAUGAUGAUAACGAAAUAUUUUCUAAAGAGAAUGUAAAUUAUCGUACAAUGUACGAAAAUGCCUAUUCUAGUAGGCAAAAUUCUAAGAAAAGAAUGCCAAUAAAGCAUAUCGAUAAUAUUCAACUUUCAAGUGACAAGUUUCAAGGAGCGUCAGUUUACAAAGACCACUAUAACGGAUAUGAUAAAAAACAAACAUUCUCAAAAGCAAAAACUAUGACUGAAAUGACCGAGAAGUACUCGAAAAUGACCGCUCCUGCUGAAGAAAAUUGUCAAGACGUUGGUGCACAAUCGAAACCGGUCAGAUUGGCCCCUCUAACGAAUCGUCCAUCAUUGCCGUCUCAAAGCUAA